CAACCCAGAAGUCCAAAACCUUCUUACAUAUCAUCACUUAUAUCUUUGUAUGAUGAUAUAAAAUCAUCAUCAUCAUCAUCAUCAUCACUACUAUGAUGAUUAUUAAUGGUAUCAAUGAUUCUUCUUUGUGGUCAUCUCUUAAGUGUAAAUCACUAGGGAAAUUUUCAACCAAGGUGACUUUGAUCUGAGACUGAAAAAUCUUUUCGCCUUGUUUGAUCAGCCCAAGAAGUUUGGUUCUAUUGUUUUGUUCCUCCUCUUUCACGUUUGUGCGUUCUAUCAUAAUCGAAAAUGCCUCACUCAUUCGGUCUUCGUGCUCGUACUCGCCACAUGUUCUCCCGUAAGUUCCGGGAACAUGGUGCCAUUCCUUUGUCUACUUAUUUGAAGACUUACAAGGUGGGUGAUAUUGUUGAUAUCAAGGCCAAUGCUGCUGUCCAAAAGGGUAUGCCCCACAAAUUCUACCAUGGUCGUACUGGUGUUGUCUAUAAUGUUACCAAGUCUGCUGUGGGUGUGAUCAUUUACAAGAAGGUUGGUAGCCGUUAUAUGGAAAAGCGCGUGAAUCUUCGUAUUGAACAUGUCAAGCACUCCAAAUGCCGUCAAGAAUUCUUGGAUCGUGUUAAGGAUAAUGCCCAAAAGAAGAUCGAAGCUCGUGCUGCUGGUGUCAAGGUCAACCUUAAGCGUAUUCCUGCUCAACCCCGUGAAGCUCGUCAUGUCUCUACUGCUGACAAUGUCCCUCAAACCAUCACUGCUAUCCCCUAUGAAACUCUUUUGUAAAAAAAAAAAAGAUCAUUCUAUAGUCAAUUCUUUUUUCAAUUCCAUUCAUUCAAUAAAGAAAAAAAAAAUUCAUCAUU